AUGGCUCGUUUCCGGCAAACUGCCGAAAAAUCUUUGCAGAUUCGUUUACCAAAAACUCCCAAAUCUUUUGAAGCAAUUGAAAAGAAUGCUAAUUUAUUGAAAAACGAUUUAAAAAUGGAAAUUAUUAUGGAAAAUGCUUCUCGUUUCCAUUUGAGCUUCGAUGUGCCUAAAGAGCUGAAAGCUGAGCAUUUCAAGAUUAUCGCAAGAACGAGAACGAUCAAGAUUAUCGGAGAUUUACCGAUUCGGAAAAGGAAAUUGAAACCUAGUGGC